AUGAAUAAAAUUCAUUGUUCAACAAUCAAUAAUGAAUCAUUAUCUCAUUAUAUAAUUAUAAAUGAAAUGGUAUCAAAAACAGGAUGUACACAUGAACAAGCUGAACAAUUUUUAAUAUCAACUAAAUGGAGACUUCAGGCAGCUAUUGAAUUAUUUUUCAAUGAACGAACAAUACCAAUUCCAUGUUGCAAGUUUUCAGAAUUAUUGGCACCAGCUAAUACACCAGUAACUCCACCAAAUUUUCCUGAAACUCUUCUUUCUCUUGGAAAAUUAUCAACUUCAGAAAAUCUUCCAAAUGAUAAUCAAAUAACAUCAACAACAAAUUAA